UGGGGUAUACAAUUUUUUUUCCCUAAAAAACAUGCCAGAGCAGGUAGUUAUAAAGAAAAGCAAAUUUUCCAACUCAAAUGGAAUAAGGAAGAAACCUCAAGAGGAACCCAACAAGGAAAUCCAUCUUCUUCUGGGUGUGAUGUCAUUUCCCUUCUAUAAAUGUACACUAAAUAUUCAAAAUUGUGCUACCAGAGAGUUGAAGAUGUACAUCAGGGUCAUUUCUGUUUCUAUUGUAUAAAUUCUGUUACUUGUUCAAUAGGAAUUUAUCCACAUAGAAGUGUUGAACUUCUACAAGUUUCCUAGUGCACUUUUCACCACUGACUUCUGCUGUUCAAACUGUUACAAACACACAUGCAUGUAGGUGGGAUGGAAAUUUCAAGCAAACUCAUGACCUGUAGCAACCAAUCAGAUCAAAGUCUCCAGUACAAAAUCCUCAGUGCUUUGGUCUCGAAAUACUUUCAAACAUCUUGACUAACAAAAUUUACGAGAAUGGCUUCACACUGGAUUCUUUUUUUAAUUGGCACCAUAAUAUUUCCAGCCCAUGCUGUGGAUUUUACUCGACCAUCGUUUGUCUCAGUGAAGUCUGGAGAACGUGUUACUUUGAACUGCACAUUUCAAGACGCAAACACUAAAGAACUUUGUGUUUGGUACAAGCAAGAGUUUGGAGAGUUGCCUCAGGAAGUGGGGAAAAUGAUAGCAAAUAGAGAUAUCCAAACUUCACCUGAGUUCGACUCCGUAAGGUUUAAAGUAGAGAAAAUCCUGAGUGGUAUUUCGCUGACAAUUGUACAAAUUAAAAAAUCUGAUGAAGGACUGUAUUUCUGUGGAGUACAUGCCUGGGGUAAAUUUCAGUUUUCCAAUGGAACAUUUAUAGAUGUUGCAGAUGUAAAAGUGACAGUGCUCCAGAGCAGUGUGUCAGACUCGGUUCCUGCAGGAGCAUCAGUGACUCUGCAGUGUUCGGUUCUCUCUGAGAGCAGAGCAGCAGAACUCCAAGUGCUCUGGUUCAGAGCUGCUCCAUCACAAUCCCAUCCUCAACUCAUCUACACUCAUCACAACAGCAGCCUUCAGUGUGAGAGUGAAUCUUCUACACACACCUGUGUGUACAACUUGUCCAAGAACAUCUUCAGCCUCAAUGAUACUGGUACUUACUACUGCGCUGUGGCCCUGUGUGGGAAGAUCAUUUUCGGGAACGGAACACGAGUACAGCUGGAGCAAAGUGGUUCUUUGGUGAUUUGCUUUGCUGUCGCAUUAGCGGUGUGUGUGGUGGUGAUUAUUGCUCAAGCCAUUUUACGCGGUAAAAAGUUGAACUUAAAACAAAACCGGGUGAAACUCCCACAAGGUUCUUUAACAGAAAGAACACCCAACCAGGAUUGUGGUGAUGUUGAGCUGAAUUACGCUGCCCUGAAUUUCACUGAGAGGAAAACUAAAAGAGGAAGAGCCAACAGAGGACAAGAUACAGUUUAUUCUGAAGCAAGAUUCACUCAUGUUACUUAAAUUCUGGUUGCCAUCUUAUGAUAAUUGGCUGCUUAAUGUUUGAGCUAAAUCAAUAUAAAAACAUUUGUUUUUAUAAAAUUAUAAAUUUGAGCCUUAUAUGUUAUAGGUCUGAGUUG